CCUCCCCCCUGCUCCCCAGAGCCAGCUCUGCAGCGUGGCUCUGAGCCUGGGCACCGCACUGCCCCCAGCAGCAGCGUGCCAUCUCCAUCCUGCCUGCCUGCCUCUCCUGCAGCUGGGCAUGCAGCCAGCUCCCUGCUCAGCUCCCCGGGCCUGCCUGUGCCCACAGCAGGGCCCCUCCGUGCCCUGGCUAUGUCCCGUGGCUCCAGCCCUUCCCAGCACUCCUGCACAGCCAUGGAGCAGCUCCCUGCAGCCUCCACAGCGGCCUCCAGCCCAGCUGAGCAGAUGCCAAAGGGCAGACCUGGCUCCACAGGGAUGGAAUGCCCUGCGUGCCACCCCUGCAGCCUCCCCUUGCCCACCCGGCCUGUGCACGUGCUGCCCUUGCAAUUCCGCCUGCUGGGCAUGGCUUUCUGCCCAGCUCUGGGCAGCAGGGGUUCGGAGAGCUACCGGCAGCUGGAGGCAGAUGUGACACUGCUGCUCAACCAGAUGCUGUCCAGCUACAAGAGCUUCCUGCAGGCCAAUGUCCUUGAGUUCCUGAAUGGCUCCGUGGUGGUGCGAGGGGAGGUUCUGUUCCGGGGGGAUGCUCCUGCUCCCACCAACUCCCACCUCAUCCGCACCGUGGUCACAGAGGCCAGCAAGGGAAGGAGCACCUUCAGCUGGCAGCUGGAGCCCCAGUCUGUCCUGUCUGGUGGCUUCAGCCUGGAGAACCUGGAGCCCGAGAAGCUGUCCAUCUCCCUCGCUGGCCCCCAGCUUGGCAUGGGCAGGAUGGAUCCUCUGGAGAGGCUGGCCAGAGAGGUGACUGCAGCUGUCAGUGCCCUCUACGACGUGAGGAACUUCACCAUCUCCCAGCUCAGGAACCUGGGUGAGAACACGGAGGUCACUGGAGACCUCUACCUGGACACAGUUGUCCAUGCUGACGUGACGGAGGUUCUGGAAGCCCUGGCUGCGCUCUCUGGCCUCUCCAUGGGCCUGAGCUCCCUCUGGGUGGAGGGCUCCAGGCUGGCUCUGCACGUGUACCCUCUGUCCCUGCUGGUCACCAACAGACGCUUCAGGCAGGAGCUUCAGGACCCGCUCUCUGCAGAGCACCACGAGCUCUCCAGGGACCUCGGCGAUGCGGUGGUGGGAGCCCUGAGGGAUUACCCAUCCUUCCUGACAGCAAUCAUAAAAGAAUUCCUGCCUGGCUCCUUGAUCUGCCACGGGCAGCUGAUCUUCCGUCCCCCUGCCCCACCCAGCGUGGAGGUUCUGAAGACACUCGUGCGCUCGGUUGGGCCAGACCAGGCUCUGGCUGGCUCUGACUUCCACGUGGAUCCCCACUCUCUCUCGGUGGGAGAGGACACCCUGGAGCCUGCCACGCCCCUGCCGGGCUCCCCAGCCUCCGGAGUGGCCUUGGUGGCCAUCGGGGGCCUCUGCAUGGUGGCUGCGCCCGUCGUGCUCGUGAGCCUGGGCGCCAAGAGGCUGGCUGGAAGAGCCCUUUGGGACACAAGAGACCCUCAAGUGGGGAUCCAGACGUUGGAAAUGGAGAACCAGGGCUUCUGGACAGAGGACCCUGAGGAUGGUCACUUGGAAUGACAAAACACUUCUGCCUGAGGAGAGCAGCAGCAGCAGCUGGGGGGAGCUUGGAGAGGGGCUGUAGGUGGGAAGGAGAUGCUGAGAAGCUCUCCCUGAUCCUGUGGCAGCACCUGCCAGCUGCUCCCUGAGCAGAAUGCAGACUCGGGUGUGUAAAGGAAUCAUUUUGUGUCUUAAAUAAACUGUUUGUAGAGCAUGAAA